AUGGGUUGUAGCAGCCCGCACGUAUCUGCUCCACUUGGUGGGUUGUACUGUUUUCGCCAACAAGAGUUCAACCCAUGUACAUGUCGUGCACCUAAAGGCUUUCAGGGACCUGGCCCAGGUAGGGGGAUUCGCCUGCGGAGCAGCUGCAUUAGUCCACAUUGCUGGAUAUACGAGCACUUUCCUACAGUGCAUACAUCCGUCGUUCAUGAUGCUUAUGAUGAAGGGAGCCCACAUGCCUGCAGGUGGCUUACAGGUAAGGCUCAUAUGAUGAGGAUCAAGGGAGCCUCGUAUCGGAGACGUUUGGAUGCCCUGAGUGUGACUGACAUUGUGGUGUACGUUCGACCUGAGCGGGUUCUUCGACAGUUUGGCUACCUUCAGACUGUCCCUCCGCCGCCGGUUUGUGAUUCUUUGACGGGUGAUGAUAUAGAUGACCGGUGGCUGCAUUUUUCAAACCAUUUGGUGCCUUCAGGGGAGCUCUGUGUAGUUCUUGGACAGGUGGCGCCAGACUACAUGGAGUGGUUUUUUCGGAUAUCGCACCCAUUCGUCACGCGGACCGAGGAGACAGCUGUGCGGAGACAUCCGCCUCCCCCUCAUCAUGAGGAGUUCGUCGAGCCACCCAUCUCCGAGGUUUCAGUCGCGACCGAUCUCCCUACGCAUUCAGUGGUUCACUGCGAAGGAUGUCAAGGGAUGGCUCAGGAUUUAGGAGCGAUUGUUGAGGAUUUGGAGCGGGUCAUCAACCUCAGGAUGGUCACUGAGGGCACUGACUUACAUGACAUCAUGACUCGUUGUCUAAGGAGAGCUAGAGGUGACACAGCAGAUGAAAGUCUUAGGCUGCGCCAGAGACGCCGCAUAGAUUAG